AUGAAAGGGCCAGAGAAUUCCGAAAUCUCAAUUAACACCGGGCAUAUGCUGCGCGAGGCAAUUAAGUACGAGCAAAUUGCAAGAUACCUCAUCUUCAAACCCAUUUUCUGGAAUUAUUUUGAUUAUUGUGAAUAUGGUUCAUUUGAAACAUCAACAGAAGCAUUUCUAACUUUAAAUGACUUUUUGACUACCCACAAACUGGUCGCUAGUGAAUUCUUCAACUCCAAUUUAAACAAAUUUAUUGACAGAAUCAACAGGUUAAUAGUGUCCCCGAAUUAUGUCACAAAAAGACAAUCGGUGAAACUGCUCGCCCAGCUCAUUUUAGAUAAGCCUAACUACAACCUUAUGACUACUUACGUGAACUCGCCGCAUAAUCUGAAGUUGAUCAUGAUCCUUCUGGGUGACAAAUCUAAAAACGUACAAUUUGAAUCAUUCAAUGUAUUCAAAAUAUUCAUUGCCAACCCAAGAAAAUCGAAAAGCAUAAUUGAAAUACUGACGAAAAAUCGUGAGCGCCUCUUGCAAUUUCUGAGAACCUUUGCGAAUGAUAGGAAGGAAGAUGAACUAUUCACAGUGGAGCGCAAUUUUGUCAUUGAACAAAUAGAAAACUUGCCGAGGUUGGUUCAGUUGCAGAACGUGAACGCGAAGGGUACGGAAACGGACAUACAAGGAGGCAAUAAAGGGUUACAGAACAUGCCACCAUUAUCAAACGAUGGGAUCCCUGAUUCAAAAUACAAUCAUAAAAAGAACUGA